CUCUCAUCCAAACAGCCGUCAGUUCUACAUCCUCACCGGGGAUUUAGGAACCAAACACCACAGGUGACCUGUAACUGGUUGGAGAGAGGGAAGAGGAGAGACAGAUGGAAACGGAGCAGAGAAAAGUGGAUGAGAAACAGCAAAAGGAUUCCUCAUACACAAUGGGAACCUCUUAUGCUGCACACUUUUAAUUUGAAAAGAAAGAGUAGUUUGCCUGAAGAGGGCUAACACCAUUUUGACACUCUACUUUUGUCACAGUAAUAGUAGUCAUGAUAACACUCUGAACAUAAGAAUAAUCCUUUUUUCAUCCUUUUCUCCCUAAAUCAUCGUCUGCUAUUCAACACCUAGAAACAAUAAUUUGCCAUGGAGAAGGCCUACUCACUUACUGCCCACUAUGAUGAGUUUCAGGAAGUGAAAUAUGGUGGCCGCUACAGCAGUGACAUCCUCAGCAAUGGCAUGACCCUCCACCUGGGGGGCAGCCUGGAUCGUCACAUGGGGCGGGCACAGGGAGGAACUUGGCCAAAUAAUCGAAACAGAGAUCUUAGUAGCACCGGCAGUAGUGGUGGUCUUCCUCGAUGGAGCCGGAGGGAGAUCUGCCUCCUCUCAGCAUUGGUCUUUGCUGCAGGCAUGUGUGUCAUCUUGGGAACCAUGCUGGCACUCAAGUACAUUUCACUGGAUGCCCAGCAGGACCCACAGUGCCGACAAGACUGCCAACAGAAACGCUCCCUCCUGCGGGCAGCGCGUUUUGUUCAGGCCAAUAUUGACCCAACCAUCCAGCCCUGCCAAGACUUCUAUUCAUUUGCCUGUGGAGGCUGGCUGAGGCGUCAUGGCAUCCCUGAGGACAAGCUCAGCUAUGGCAUCAUUACAGCUAUAGGAGAACACAACGAGGAGAAACUGCAGCGCCUCCUAAUGGAACCAGUUCAGAGGCGUGGGCCCAAUUCGGCAGAGCGCAAGGUCAAGGAAUUCUUUCGAUCCUGCGUCAACAUCCAGGAGAUUGACAAACUAGGCUCAGAGCCCAUGACAGAGGUGCUAGACAGCUGUGGAGGGUGGGACCUGGUUGGCGCUCCUCCUGGUGCGGCUGGGUGGGAGAGAGAGGGUGCCCCACAGAGGCCAGACUUCAAUGAGCUGCUCUACAGGACGCAAGGGGUGUACAGCACUGCUGUCUUCUUCUCCCUUAUUGUCAAUGUGGAUGAUAAAAACUCUUCAAGAAAUGCCAUCAGGAUUGAUCAGGAGGGCCUCACGCUGCCAGAGAGAAGCCUCUACCUGGAACAGGAUGAGGACAGCAAAAAGAUUUUGGCGGCAUACAAGGCUCUGAUGGAGCGCUUGUUGAGCAUGCUGGGAGCUCACAACGCCACACAGACGUCCAAGGAGAUUAUACAGCUGGAGACCCGACUAGCCAAUAUCACUGUGUCCGAAUAUGAUGACCAGAGAAAAGAUAUCAGCACCAUGUAUAACCGCAUAACCCUCAGGCGGCUUCAAACCAUUGCUCCUAGUCUUCACUGGAAGCGCUUGCUAGACAGAAUUUUCAAUGACAACUUCUCACAAGACGAGGAGAUUGUGGUGCUUGCAACUGAUUACAUACAGAAAGUCUCUGACAUCAUCAAGACCACUUCAAAGAGGGUUCUCCAUAACUACAUGCUCUGGCGCAUCGUGGCAGCUCUAAGUGAGCACCUGUCCACUGCCUUCCGCAGCACCAUUCAUGAGUUUUCCCGAGAGAUUGAUGGCACCGAGCAGCAACUGGAGCUGGGCAAACUGUGCCUCACCCAAGCCAACAAACACUUUGGCAUGGCCUUGGGGGCCUUGUUUGUCCAGAAACACUUCUCAUCAAAGAGCAAAGCCAAGGUACAGGAACUGGUAGAAGACAUAAAACAUUCUCUGGACCUCCGCCUACAGGAGCUUGACUGGAUGGAUGAAGCAACAAGGGAGGCUGCCCGGGCAAAGCUGAAGCACAUGAUGGUGAUGACAGGAUACCCAGACUUCCUGCUCAAGCCUGAUCUCAUUGAUCAAGAAUAUGGGUUUGAAGUGAAUGAUAAAACAUACUUCAAGAACAUCCUCAACAGCAUCAAGUUUAACAUCAAGCUGUCUAUCAAGAAAAUCCAUGAAGAAGUGGACAAGACAGCGUGGCUUCUUCCCCCACAGGCCCUUAAUGCUUACUACCUCCCUAACAAGAACCAAAUGGUUUUUCCUGCCGGCAUCCUUCAGCCCACUCUGUACAACCCUGAGUUUCCACAGUCUCUGAACUACGGAGGAAUCGGAGCCAUCAUUGGACAUGAGCUGACUCAUGGAUAUGAUGACUGGGGGGGCCAGUAUGAUCGCCAUGGCAACCUCAAACAGUGGUGGACCGAGGACUCUUACAGGAAAUUUCAGAGGAAGACUGAAUGUAUCGUCAAGCUCUAUGAUAACUUCACUGUAUAUAACCAGAGGGUAAAUGGUCGCCUGACACUGGGAGAGAACAUAGCAGACAUGGGAGGACUAAAGCUGUCAUACUCUGCGUAUCAGAAGUGGGUGAGGGAGCACGGUCCAGAACGGCCCCUGCCGGGCCUCAAGUACACUCAUGAACAGUUGCUCUUCAUUGCCUUCGCUCAGAACUGGUGUAUGAAGAGAAGAUCUCAGUCUAUCUAUUUGCAGCUGCUAACUGACAAACAUGCACCGGAGCAUUACAGGGUGAUUGGCAGUGUUUCCCAGUUUGAUGAGUUCUCCCGGGUUUUCCACUGUCCAAAGGGAUCCCAAAUGAACCCUACGGACAAAUGCUCCGUUUGGUGAAUUCUCUGUCUGGACUGAUGACAUUCAUUUUUUUUUAGCUUUCACUUAAAGCUCCCUACCUGUCCCACAUCAGCUCCCUACCUGUCCCACAUCACACAUACUACAGAGCCAGAGGGAAAUACAAAGAAAAUAAACCCUUUCAUGCCACACACAUUACAGAGAUAAUCUUUACUAUUUAGUUAGUAACAUGUUCAUUAGUAUAGCAUGGCUCACGUGAACAUUUAUUGUUUACAGUACAUACACAUACAUACAUAUAUAUAUAUAU